CUUUCAUGUUCCAAGCUGCUAGUUACUGCUAGAUAAAAAUUCAUGUAGACGGAUUUGGAAUAAAAUAAAUAAAUAAAAAAAAAUAAAAGCCUGUAUAGUUGUAAGAUCUUCGUUGUCUUUAACUAUAACGUAUCCGUGUCUUUAACGAGACUGAUCUCGUACCAUAUCGCUAAAGAUAGAUUUAGUUUCGUAUUCAAAAACUGUUUGGCCAGCAUUCACAUCCGACAAUGCUUUUCAGGGAUCGAUCUACCAGGAAAUAUAUGCAGUUGACAUAGUUCUAUUAGUUGGAGACCCUUAUAUAAACUGGUCUUCUUAUCACCUAGGGGAACACAAACAGGCUUGAGGUUUGUUUCUCUCUUUCUAAGUAAAAAAUGUUGCUUAAGAAGUUGCCUGCGACAGUGCUUAGACUUAUGAUAGGGAUCAGAGUAUUUGAGUACGUUAAUCAAUUGAUUUGUAUUGCAAGUCUUAUCAUCCAUAGUAGGUUGGUGUUUGACGAAACUUUAAUCGAUUUUUGCCAACCUCUGUCACUUGUGAUGUAGAGAUGUACGUCUACCGACUAAAAGAUGAGUUUACUGCUCAGAAGUUUGCUCGAUUCCACCUUGUGGCUUUGAAACGUGACCUUUAAGAAUAAAAGAUAUUCGUGGAUUACUAGCAUUAGAUCACCUGUGCUUUUGAAGCAUCGUUGGGGUACAUUGGGACUACGGAGGGAGCAGUGUCGAGAUUAGCCGCAAUGUAUUGGGUAAAAAUGAGAAAUUGAUGGAUAAAGUACUUAAUCUUAUAUGCAGAGGUUGUUGAGACAUGUAUUGCGUCUGAUCAACCACUUCCUACCUUGAUGUGCUAAGCCUGUUGGUCUAGGUUGGGACAAGACUGGAGAUGGCCAAACAAAGAUAUGUAGAUAGCCUAUGAAGUCAUUGGGUGUUGUAUGUAGCAAUGCUGGUAAUUCCAGGCUACGCGGUUGAGGUGACGUGACUCGGAAUCUGUCACAAUGGCCCAGAUAUAUUCACUCUUUUUCUUCCCUCAGAUUCUGAGUUUUAAAUGAUUCGUCAGCUUUUCGUUCCACGAAUUGAUUGUUUUCAAAUAACAUCGUUUAUGUCUAGUUUUUUUCUAAUACUGUCGCUGGUACUACUACUGUGCCAAGACUUGUCUUGAUGAACUCACUUAACAGUGCUAAUAUGGGGUGGCUAAUUUAGUCGAUGCAAAUAUGUGGCAGGUUUUUCGCUGCGUGUGACUGAUUUACUAAUUCCAUUCAGGAGAACAAUGUAGUCUGAAUAUUCCAAGUUAUUCAUAGUGUGUCUUUCUAUAGAACUUAAGAUGUAUAAAACGCUUUACACAUAGUCGUUUUUUAAUAAAAUGUCAGCAAAUCGCUCCACUAGAAAAUCAAUGUUGGUGUUUAGUUUCAAACUCCUUAUCAAUAACAUGUUCAUAAAACUCAAACAGAUUUUAAAUAUUUUCCUCAACUAUUAUAAUCUUAUUUUGUCAAACAUUAGUUACUAAAGCUGUUAUUUUAGAUUUGAUCUACUCAUGGACUCCAAGCGCCCUAAAUUAUGUUCUCUGGAAACUGAUAAUGCUGACAAUGAAGUGGAUAUCCUUCAACCCAGAGAAGUUGGAAUCACUACGUUUGUACAACCUUUAGUUCAAGGUUUUGAGGCAACGUUGAAAAAUAGAUGGGAAGACUUCAUUGUCCGUGAAUUUAGAGGUCGAAAUUAUGCAAAGCUUACUGAUUUAGCACCAAUUCCGGAUCCUACUCCUGAAGCUUAUGAUUUUAAUAUGGAAAAGAAACUUGAAGUUCAUUUGUCUGGACUUCAAAAUUUGAGCCGUGGUGAUAGUGAAGUAUUAAAAAUUAAAGCCCCAGAUAAUAAAGCAGACAGAACACAGAUCCACCAAGCAAUACGUGCAUUAUUCCCAUCACUUGAAAGCACGACAUCAAAAGACGGCAAUGAAAAUAUGAUUGUUGUACAUCGAAAAGACCAUCCUGAAGCCAAAGGUUCACGACAAUCUAAAAGAAGAGCCAAUGGUAUGUCUAAAAGUGCACCAUACUGCCAUUUUGUACUUUACAAGGAGGGUAAAGACACACUUAGUGCUAUCCAAGUUCUCAGUCGUUUCCUACAUGUUGGACCAAGUAUAUUUUCAUUUGCUGGUACGAAAGAUCGUCGAGCAAUUACCACACAAUUUGUUACAGCGAAAGGUAUAAAUUCGAAAACACUAUCAUUGCUGAAUGCACGGCUUCAUGGCUUACGUUUAGGCAAUUUUUCAUACGUUUCUUCUCCUCUGUUUCUCGGAGAUUUAGAUGGAAAUCAGUUUGUAGUUGUGCUAAGAUCAGUGUGUGCACCAAGAUCCGUCGUUGAAACUGCAGUCGGGGCUUGGAAAAACACUGGUUUUGUGAACUAUUACGGUCUUCAAAGAUUUGGGCAUUCUUCCAAAUCCAAAAGUUUCGAAAUUGGAAAAUAUCUUAUUCGUUCGAAAUGGGCGGACGCUAUUGAUCUUAUCUUGAAACCAACUUAUGCAGAUUUACCUUUUCUUAGAAAAGUUAAAGAAAAAUUCUUACAAUCCGGUGAUGCAAAGGGUUGUGCUGACGAUUGUCCAUUGGGUAUAGAAAAAACUUUACUGUUAGGUAUUGCGAAGUAUGGCAAAAGUUUGAAUGCCAUCCAAAUGCUUCCUCGAAACCUUCGCCAACUCUAUGUACAUAGUUAUCAAUCUUUCUUAUGGAACCAUGUGGCAAGUCUACGUAUGACUCAUCAGAAUCCUGGUGACUUUUUCGCUAAGCCUGGUGAUCUUUAUUAUAAUGAUCAGAAUGUAAUAAAUACAGAUAAUUAUGAAAAUGAUAUUAACUUCGACGAAUCUGUGUUAGAAACAGACAACUCUUCAAUAUCAUCGGCGAAUUCUCUCCCAUCGUCUAAAUUAUCAUUCAUACAUCCACUAGUAGUUGGAGAAAAUGAAAAAAUCCCUUUAAAUUCAGUUGUACUUCCUGUUCCUGGUUACGCUGUACAAUAUCCUAAAAAUCAUAGCGCUGAUUGCUAUACUGAAUUACUAAAAGAAGAUUGUUUGACAGUCAAAGAUUUCAGUCAUUCAGUUAAAGAUUUUGCACUCCCUGGUUCUUAUCGUAAAUUAAUUGUUGUCCCGGAAAACGUUAAAUACGAAUUUCAUGAAUAUUCAAACCCUGAUAUACCUCUAUAUUUAACUCCUGCUUCACAAAAUGAAACACAAAAUAAUGAUAUCUGCUUAGAUAAAGAUGGAAAACAGCAGGCUAUCGUCUUAACGUUUAAUUUACCGAAAUCCAGUUACGCUACCAUAGCAAUACGCGAAUUAACGAAAACUGUUAUAGAGAAGAAAUAG